GUCGCGGCCACCAGGAGUCCUCGCUGACGACCAACCGCCGCACGCCGCCUUACAACGCGAACAACUGCAAGCCCCGACUAAUCGCUGCUGAGCCGUCGCGAGGCCGGAAUCCGCGACAACCGACCACCAUCGCGAGCACCGUGAAUUGCCGAUUCCCUUCGCCGGCGUCCUCCAGCGUCUCCGUCGAUUCAGCGAGCAGCCCUCCGACGUCCGACCUCCGGCGACCAGAGCUUCGUCCGUCGAGCCGCGACCCUGUACGCACACAGCGGCGAGCUUCUUUCUCUGCAGUCAUCCGAGCCGGGACGAGUGCUCUAUCUGACGACCGUCCCUGGACCUCGAUCUCCGACCCCGACCGACGACCUUCGCAGCACCACAGAGUCGCUCGAGCCGUCUGGUUCUUCCGGUGAUUUCGUUCCUUUUUCUCCGAUUCAAGGAUUCUGCAAUGGGAUUUAGCAAAACUGAAGUGAAUCUGAGAAGGUUACUUGCAGCAGCCCCGCAGCAGCAUAAUCAAGCAAAGCUCGUGCAUUAUGUUGCUACACUUAGAGAGCUACUGGAGCAACUCGCCGAAGAGAGGAUAUCUGAAGGUCUUCCGAGGGUUUCAAAAGGUCAGUUAAACGAAUAUUCCGAGAAAAUUGAAGCGAUAGCUGCCAAACUGGUGGCCACUGAGUCUCAAAUUGUGCGCGGCAAAGUUUUAAAUGGCGCUGCUAUGGUGAGAGGCGCCAGAUGCAAUCUGAAAUUACAUUUACAACCUCCUAUGACUGCCAGCCGGACACAGCCGCGUGCUGUGUUGCGUACACAAUUUCCUGAGGAGCCUUCUCUUGACAGUAAGGUUCUGGAGCCCCCUUCAGUAUCAGCGGAAGAAGGUGUAAGUUCUCCCAGAGGACUGAGGAGGAGAUUUGUGCCUCCAUCAUUUGAAAGAACUCCCAACACUGUUGAGGAUUCUUCGAAAUCUGUCAAAUUAGAUGCUGCAGCACAGGCUCAUAUUGAGAAACACAGAAAGCUACAAGAAGAUUUGACUGACGAAAUGGUUGGUUUAGCACGGCAACUCAAAGAGAGUAGUCUUAGGAUGAAUGAAUCCAUCAAAAACACUGAGAAGAUCCUUGAUUCGACUGAGAAAGCUGUUGAACACAGCUUAGCAAGUACUGGGCAUGCCAACACAAGGGCAAUGGAGGUUUUCUCGCAGAGUAUGAAGACAUCUUGCUUUACGUGGCUGCUGAUCUUUGUCAUGACAUGCAUAUUCGUAAUGGUGGUACUACUUAUCCGUGUUACCUAGGCUAGCCACUUGGCUUAUUUGAUUUUAUUUAUUUGUGUCUAAAUUACUCGAAUAAACUUGAUAAGUAGGUGUGGCUCUAAGUAGACCUCUAACAAAGUACUCAUACCAAUUUUUAUUUAGGGGAAAAAAUGUGUAACCUCCAAAACUAUGCCAUUUUUGUGAGAUUGUCAUAUGAAAUUUUAAAAUGGACAAAUCUGGUAUACAGAAUUGACAAUUUG